CAGUUGACUCCAGCACCUGCUCAGCAGAAGACAGACAGCAAGGGUCAAGCAACGUUUGGUCAACCUACUGUGAGCGCAACCAAGUAGGUGGAAUUUGAACAUAAGUCUUCUUGUGCCCUUGUUCCUGCCUCUUACUUGAUAGCUCUUACCUCAGCCCUUAACGAACGUUACUGAGUCAAACAAAAGCUUUCUUUACUUUGUACACCUUUUCUUAGUUCUGCUACUCAGUAGUUUUACUUCCCUCUUAACGGACGCCUCUGUUAGUGGGACACCUAGAGGUGGUCCCUGGCUUUCCUUAGUCAUUUUGUUUGACUUCCUGUAAGAUAGAGACCUUCCUAAAACAGAAACCUAGAGUUGGUCCCUGUCAUUCUUUAGUCGGUUUCUUUGACUCUCUAUAAGAGGAACACCUCCCUAAAACACUUAGAGUUUGCCCCUGUCGUUCUUUAUUCAUUUUCUUUGAUUCUGUAGACGGACACCUCCCUAAAACGGACAUCUAGAGUUGGUCCCUGCAAUUCUUUAGUCGUUUUCUUUGAUUCUGUAUAAGACGGACACCUCCUUAAAAUGGACACCUAGAGUCGGUUGCUACCAUUCUUCAUUCAUUUUCUUUGACUCUCUUUAAGACGAACUCCUCCCUAAAAAGGGCACUAAAUGCCGGCACACACUUGGUGCCGAUCAAAAAAAUACCCCUCGACUUUAAGAGCCCCAACCUUGGCAUUUCUUAGGAACAUCCUCUUCUUCAGUCAUAAUUUAAGUCUGUAAAAUAACUUGGAGUAACGUGUGUUUAAAAAUCAGGGGAAUGUAUGGAAUAAGAAUCAAAGCCCUGCUUGGAAGAACUGCAUUGGAUGCGCCUACCAUAAGCGUGAGGUAAGUUCUGUGAAGCAGGUUAACACACAUUUCACAACAACUCAGUAAUUUGGUCGAGAGCUCUGAUUUAUGAGAGUUUAGACCUCCGAAAUGGCGUCAACACGUGUAAAGCUUUAGUGGUACUGCGAACUGCACUCCAGUUGUUUCACUGCAGCGUAUUAAAGAUUUUCACGUUAUCUCUGUGGUCUGUAAGAGUAGGGUCAAUGGAAAAUUGUUGUUCGUUCGCCAAAAUAUUCAAUAUUUUGUAUCAAAUAGAGAUGUUGAACGUCGCAUUUAAAGCAAAAGGAAACGGUAGAGAUCAAAUCGGCUACUGAAUUCACUUUUGCCGUUUUGGAGAUAGCUAGUACAUCGCUUGGGAAUGAAUAUGUUACAUAAGUUAGUGCGAGCGUUCGAAGAAGUCGCACGGGUUUAAUUUACCUGCGAUCGCUGUUCUCAUUUUUAUGCUUUUGAUACUGUAAUUUCCUGUGGUACCUACCCGCCUCGACUAGCUGUAGCUAUUUCCGGGUAGUUAUAAUAAUACAGUUGUAAUAAAGUCGUCGUUGUUGUUAUAUGUUUUGCAUUUCAGAGUGGAGCCUGACCCAUCAAAGGCUGUAAAUCUUAACGUCACGUUUGAUUCUAAUGCACCGUGUGUCGUUGGAGAGUUGUUACCAAGUAAGUGAGACCAUUAGAUUGACAGUAGUCUGGUAGGACUGUUGCGCGGGCAAGUGUAUCCCAAGCAAGCAAACGGGUUUCCAGUUUUGCCGUCAAAACGUGCGCUUUCCAUAGGCUGGAUUUCUGCCGCUAUCACGGGUCCGGUCGAGGUCGCAAGCUCAUUAGGGAGCUUAAGCAACGACGACGGCGACGUCAACGAGAACGGCUAAAAACGAUAGGUUUAGAUUGGCAAAACAACAACCUUGCGCUUAUAUCACGUUUUUUUUGUACAUUGCUUUGCCGUCGUUGCACGAGUACGACGUGAAACUUCCUAAUUUUACGUGAACACAAGACACCGAUUUUCCUUUUUUUUUUCGUGAACUCAGACACACUCCUUUAGAAUUCAACUCCUUAAAAAAAUAGCCAUCAUUUGACAAAUUAAAAGAGUUGGGAUAAGAGCAAUGAAGUUUGAAACAGCGCGAAUUCACUUUUUGGGUGACGUUUUCUCCAUCGUUGCCGUCGUCGUUGCUUAAGCUCCCUAGUUACCGAACAGCGACUGAUAAUCGAGUCUAGACUACGAGUAGUCCCCAUUUUUCCUCAGGGAUAGUAGAGCGAGCGAAACGCGAGCGCGCGUGAAAAUCACCCCACGCGAGAGAGGCGAGACGGGGCUACUGACGGGUUAAGACUGCAUUGCAGGUCAAAUACUUUGUCUAGUGACUCUGCAUUUUAACCAUUUAAUCCCCAAGAGUGACCAAGAUCCAUUUUGUCUUAAUAAUAUCAACACAUAAUCAAGAGAAACGGUUAUGAGAAUUUAUAUAAUGAUCAACUAGGGGAAAAUGCUUUGAUUUUUUCUCCACUUGCAGCAGCAUCUGACUGAUAUUAGCUAUAGGGAAAUCUCAUCCAAAACGGAAAGUGAUUUGCAAGGACUUGUUCGAUUAGCACCCUCUGGGAUUUCAGACCUACAGGGUGGCAAUUCUCCCAACUAAGUCUUAAGGCAAAUGUAUGGAGAUCAGUCUGGAGAAUUUGUGGGUGGAUAUCGAGGUUUAAUAAAAUUGGCUAUGUCUUUCUAAGCAUUGCGCUCAGCAUUGUGUGACCAAAUUCCAGGUGUUUGGAGAUCUAUAGGAUUUUACUUUAACCUGAAUCUGAGUUGUACCAUACAAAUUCAACUUUAAAGCAGUUUAGCCACGUAAGGACAUUGAUAUAUUGAACACUUUUACCUGAAAAUUUGAUUGACUCAUUGCUUGGGUGGGUGUUAGCAUAAGAGGUUCAGGUUGGGGGAUGUUUUGUCCCCCAAACAAACCUACUGUCCUGCGUUUCAGCUGUUUCAGCCCAUGUAGUUGGAGAGGACGAAGCUGUAAUGAAAGCAGCAAGUGCUAAGGACAUAGUGUUGAAGAUAUGGCACUCUAAGGACGGUCCAGUAUCAGACAAGCCGCCAGCCAGGGUAUGUUAUACUAGCCUGUUUUCUUCCACAUCACAUAGUAACUGGGUUUCACAAUACAUACACUGUAAGUGUCAAGAUUCUUAG